AUGGACGACGAUCCCAGAAACAUCAACUUCUCGCCCUCAUCAUACUAUACUUGGGGCCAUUCUAUACCAGUCUCUCCACCCUAUAACUAUAGCCAGCCCCGCCGUUCUCAGGCGCCAACUCGACGUCCGCAACCGUCCCUGAUUCCGCCUGAUCAAAACCGUGGAGGCAUCUCCAUCCGUGGUCGAGCAAAUCGAGGUCGAGGCAGAGGGCGCUCCAGCAAUCGCGACAAUCCCAAUCUUAUCGACGUCCAGCCGUUUCGGCGUGGCGGCAGCGCCGAGUACGACCCAUCUAAUCCAUCUCUUGGUGUAGAUGAGCCGGAUGUUAAUGCCAUUCGCAUCAGCGAUGCCCGCAAUCGUCUUCGCGACCGCCUGAAAUCACUAACGCCUGAGACCCGACUCGACUCUGAACCUCGACCAUAUAAGGACGCUGUGCCACCCUUUGAGUCUGCAUCCGAGCCUGAUCCAGACCUCGCACCGAAGUCUCCGCCAAGACAGCAUCCCCUGCAGAAUCUUUUUCAGCAGAUGGCUGCCAACGGGGCUGCGCCCAUCCCAACUGGACCAGCAGCUACCCACGGCCAGAGAACGAGGAGACUUCCAAAUCAUGUGCAAAUUGCAGAUGCGUAUAUCUUCCAACAGACGAUUGAUGAAAGAUUACGGAAAAUCGGUGUCACGCCCGCGAGGGAAGAUGCGCUGAGGCUAGCGGGAGUGCAAUGGAUCGACCAGACGAGAAAGGCGCUUCGGUUACCAGUGAAGACAUAUGACACAGCCUGCGUCUACUACCAUAAAUUCCGUUUGUUCCACGGCGAUAAUGAGUACGCGUUCGUGGACGCUGCAGCAGCUGCGCUAUUCACAGCCUGCAAGAUCGAAGAUACACUCAAGAAGUCGCGCGACAUACUCUGCGCUGCCCACAAUGCUAGAGCUCCCUCGCGCUCUGACCAUCUCUCCCCCGAUGAUCCUUCAUUUGACGCCCCUUCACGCGCUAUAGUGGGGACUGAACGUCUAAUGCUAGAGGCUAGCGGCUUCGAUUUUCGCUCCCGACAUCCGCAGCCACUGCUUGUCAAGUUACUGAAAGCCACCGGCCGCGAGAAAUUAGACGACAUCAGCAAUACAGCGUGGAAGAUUAGUCUUGACCUCUACCGCACACUCGCACCACUCAAGAUGGGUGCUGCCGCCAUGGCGUUCUCUUGCCUGGAGUUGGCCGAGCGAAUGCACGGUUCAUGGACCGACGCCAAGCAGCAAGACACGGAGAGAAGAUACAAGCGCUGGGGUGUCCGCAGAGAAAUGGUUGUGGAGACUCUCCUUGACCUGUUGGAUGUAUACACCUCUCAUCAAAAAUCGACGGCAUUGGGCCCAACACUGCCGUUGGACGCGUUUCUCAAUGUGCGCAUACCACUAAACGAAGAGAGCGCCCGCCGACGUCUGCCGCGCUAUACCGAGUACCACGAAUCCACGCAGCCACGAGGUCCUGAGGAUGGCGGCUAUGGACGUGGCCCAAACGGAAACAUGGCCAAUGGUGGGAACAGUGGUCGAAGUAGCAAAAACACAAGCCCAAAGGAUAUCAGUCCGGGCAACCUGAGCGUACCGGGCACGGGCGGCAGUGGCAGUACAGCUGCCACAGCAGCAAGCACACACCAGACGCCGAGUGAGAGAGGGCCGCAGCAGGGUAUCAGGCAGCGCGUAGGUGACAGGGGAAGGGAGGGGACAGUACGGUUCAUGAUUAAUCCGGAAAGGGAGAGAGAGGAGAAGGCCGUGGUGUCCGAGUACGGCCUACGAACAUGA